AUGUAUCUAUAUAAUCUGACCCUCCAGCGCGCCACGGGCAUCACCCAUGCGGUGCACGGUAAUUUCUCCGGCAGCAAGAUGCAGGAGAUUCUCGUCUCCCGCGGCAAGUCGUUGGAGCUGCUGCGACCAGAUCCGAACACGGGCAAGGUUCAUACCCUGCUGACCGUCGAGGUGUUCGGCAUCAUCCGAUCCCUUAUGGCGUUCAGACUGACCGGCGGGACAAAAGAUUACAUCGUCGUCGGGUCAGAUUCCGGCCGUAUAGUAAUUCUAGAGUAUAUCGCUGCCAAAAACACCUUCGAGAAGGUGCAUCAGGAAACUUUUGGCAAGAGCGGGUGCAGACGCAUCGUUCCUGGACAAUAUCUUGCCAUUGAUCCAAAAGGAAGAGCAGUUAUGAUAGGUGCUAUUGAGAAGCAGAAACUUGUAUACAUUCUUAACAGAGAUGCUGAGGCACGUCUGACCAUCUCUUCCCCACUGGAAGCUCAUAAGAGCAACACCCUAGUGUAUCAUACGGUUGGCGUCGACGUUGGUUUCGAGAAUCCCAUGUUUGCCUGUUUAGAGAUUGAUUAUGAGGAAGCCGAUAGCGAUCCCACUGGUGACGCGGCAGUGAAAACGCAGCAGACGCUUACUCUGUACGAACUCGAUCUCGGCCUGAAUCACGUGGUGCGGAAGUACAGCGAACCUUUGGAGGAACAUGCUAAUUUCCUUGUUUCCGUGCCAGGCGGCAAUGAUGGGCCGAGCGGCGUACUCAUUUGCUCCGAAAAUUAUCUUACAUACAAGAAUCUCGGGGAUCAGCACGACAUACGUUGCCCGAUUCCGCGACGCCGUAACGACUUAGACGAUCCCGAGCGGGGGAUGAUAUUCGUGUGCUCGGCCACGCACAAAACGAAGAGCAUGUUUUUCUUUUUGGCACAGACGGAGCAGGGUGACAUCUUCAAGAUCACCCUCGAGACGGACGAGGACAUGGUCACCGAGAUUAAACUCAAGUAUUUUGACACUGUGCCCGUAGCGGCGAGUAUGUGCGUCCUGAAAACGGGAUUCCUGUUUGUCGCCUCGGAAUUCGGCAAUCACUACCUGUAUCAAAUAGCGCAUCUCGGGGACGAUGACGAUGAGCCCGAAUUCAGUUCCGCGAUGCCGUUGGAGGAAGGCGAUACCUUCUUCUUUGCCCCGAGACCUCUUCGAAAUCUAGUGCUGGUCGACGAAAUGGACAGUCUAUCGCCUAUAAUGGCUUGCCAGGUAGCAGAUCUGGCUAAUGAAGACACGCCACAAUUGUACAUCGCGUGUGGUCGAGGACCGCGUUCUACAUUACGAGUGCUACGCCACGGUCUCGAAGUGUCUGAGAUGGCCGUGAGUGAGCUGCCGGGUAAUCCAAACGCCGUAUGGACCGUGAAGAGAAGAAUCGAUGAGGAAUAUGAUGCGUACAUCAUAGUGUCUUUCGUGAAUGCCACACUCGUACUCAGUAUCGGCGAGACUGUCGAGGAAGUGACGGACUCGGGUUUUCUCGGUACAACACCGACUUUGAGUUGCUCCGCUUUGGGCGAGGACGCAUUGGUGCAGGUAUAUCCUGACGGUAUACGUCACAUUCGAGCGGAUAAGCGUGUCAACGAAUGGAAGGCACCAGGCAAAAAGACCAUUGUGAAAUGCGCUGUCAACCAACGUCAAGUUGUGAUCGCUCUCACUGGAGGAGAACUGGUCUACUUUGAGAUGGAUCCUACUGGACAAUUGAACGAGUAUACGGAAAGGAAAAAGAUGCCCUCAGAAGUAAUGUGCAUGGCCCUCGGAAACGUGGCAGUGGGUGAGCAACGCUCGUGGUUCCUUGCCGUCGGUCUGCAGGACAAUACGGUGAGGAUAAUAUCUCUGGAUCCCUCGGACUGUUUAGCACCGAGAAGUAUGCAGGCGUUACCAGCAGCUGCGGAGAGUUUGUGUAUUGUAGAGAUGGGCGCCAAGGAAGCCGACAAUUCCGAGGAUGCGGCGCCGCAGCAAUCUAGUUUAUACCUGAAUAUAGGUUUGCAAAACGGUGUGCUCCUUAGAACUGUGUUAGAUCCGAUUUCUGGCGAUCUCGCGGACACGAGGACACGAUAUCUGGGCUCUCGUCCCGUAAAGCUUUUCAGAAUACGAAUGCAGGGUAAUCAGGCCGUGCUGGCGAUGAGCAGCCGGUCCUGGCUGAGUUAUUACCAUCAAAAUCGUUUUCACCUAACACCCCUGUCAUACGAAAGUCUCGAAUUUGCAUCGGGCUUCAGCUCCGAGCAGUGUCCGGAAGGCAUCGUCGCUAUUUCAACGAACACGUUGAGAAUCUUGGCGCUUGAGAAACUCGGCGCUGUGUUCAAUCAAGUGAGCUUUCCGUUGGAGUACACGCCGAGGAAAUUCGCGAUUCACGCGGAUUCUGCACACUUAGUGGUUAUCGAGACGGAACACAAUGCCUACACGGAGGAAACGAAGCAACAGAGAAGAUUACAGAUGGCGGAGGAGAUGCAAGAGGCGGCCGGCGCCGAGGAGGCUGCUGUUGCCCGGGAAUUGGCGGAAGCAUUUUUGUCGGAGGAGCCAAACGAAGCGGUUUUUGGUGCCCCGCGAGCAGGCCCGGGAUUGUGGGCCUCCAUGCUGAGAAUAAUGGCACCGACUACCGGACAAACGUUUGAAGUGCAUCGGUUCGAACAGAAUUUAGCUGCAUUAUGUCUUUGCCUUGUAAAGUUUGCCAAUCAAGGUGAUCAGCUGUUUCUCAUCGUUGGAGUCGCGAAGGAAUUUCAAUUGAAUCCUAGAGUUAGCAAUGGCGGCUUUCUUUAUACAUAUAAAGUAAAUGCGGAGUGUACCAGUAUCGAACUGCUACACAAAUCCCCGUUAGACGAAGUACCGUUGGCUAUUUGUCCAUAUCAGGGUCGAGUACUGGUCGGCGUGGGUAGAAUGUUACGGUUAUACGACAUGGGUAAAAAGAAAUUAUUGCGUAAAUGCGAAAACAAACAUAUACCCAAUGCUGUCGUAUCAAUCAACGCAAUUGGUCAACGAAUCUACGUCAGCGACGUGCAGGAAUCGGUGUACGCUGUAAGAUAUAAGCGUCAGGAGAAUCAGUUAAUCGUUUUCGCGGAUGACACGCAUCCCAGGUGGAUUACGACAACGUGCGUACUGGAUUACGAUACUGUCGCCACCGCUGAUAAAUUCGGAAACAUAGCUGUGAUACGAUUGGCAACUGGUAUCAAUGACGACGUGGAUGAAGAUCCUACGGGAAAUAAAGCACUAUGGGACCGCGGAUUGCUGAAUGGCGCGAGUCAAAAAGCGGACACAGUGGCAUGUUUCCAUGUAGGCGAAACGGUGAUGUCGCUACAGAAGGCGACUCUCAUUCCCGGCGGUUCCGAGAGCUUGGUCUACACGACCUUGAGCGGGACGGUGGGCGUACUCGUGCCGUUCACAAGUCACGAGGAUCAUGAUUUCUUUCAACAUCUAGAAAUGCACAUGCGAUCCGAGCAUCCACCUCUAUGCGGCAGAGAUCAUCUGUCUUUCCGGUCGUAUUAUUAUCCUGUAAAAAAUGUCAUCGACGGUGAUCUUUGUGAACAAUUCAACUCGAUCGAACCCACUAAGCAGAAGAGCAUCUCCGGCGAUCUCGAGAGAACGCCGUCCGAGGUGUCGAAGAAGCUGGAGGACAUACGUACACGUUACGCUUUCUAAACUUUCCGGUUCGUGUUCUUCAACAUACUGUUUUUUUUCAUAGGUACGACUCUUAUUUCUAAUAUAUAGACGAUCGUGAAAGAUUAUGGAUUCUAUUUUAUUCAUUCUUUUUACAUAAUAUUGAAUUAGUGAUGUAUCUUUUUCUAAUUUGAUCGCACAAAUAUAAUUCUGUUAUAUAAAAUUGAGUAUAAAAAUUUAACGCCAUGUAAAAAUUCAAGAUUUUCUACAUGUGUGAUAGCUUUAUUAUGUAAACAUAACUUUUUAGAAUAUAUAUGUUGACAUAGAGAUGUAAUGUAUAUUUAAUUUCUUUUAAGCAAACAUUUUCAGUAAUGGAAACAAAGUAACAGUAUUUUAAUAUCUUUAGUAUACUCGUAUAAACGCUUUGUAUUUCUGUAACAACUAGCAGACUGCUAUAAAGCUCGAAACGUUAAUUUGUAAGUGUGAAAGUCUCACGGAUUUGGCUUUCCGUCGUAAAUAGAUUUUAAUCAUUUGUACCACAAGUGUAGAUAUAUAAACAUAAUGGCGUCAUUUCAUCACUAUAUAUACGGUAUACAAACUAACGCAUUGCCACAUUGAAAUUGCAUCAAUGAUUAAGCAAUUAAUUUCCGUUUAUUGUGGUUUUGCAAAUUGCACAUUAAAUCAUCUACCGAUUCUAACAUUGAUUCAUCACCUAAAUGAUUUAUAUAUCCACCCAUGAAUAUUCAUCAUGAAUAUAUUUAUUAAACAAUU